UUUUUAUUUAGAGUGUGGCAUUACAGAAAUCCAAAAGGUAAACAAAAACAAUCUCGUUGAAAAAAGAUCAGAAUCUCUCCGUCCCGCAAUGAUCAAGAAUCGGCUCUUUCUGCUGCUCAUCACGAGCAUCCUCAUCGUGGAGACGGCCCACCAAAACACCAAGGACAAGGACGCGGCCUCCAUAAACCAGUCGAACGAGUUCAAUCCGCUUUCGCCGUUGGUCAAGUGUUCCUUCCUGUCGCUGGAGUUUAUGGACUGCGACGAACCGGUGGACCACAAGGGCAACCACACGGCCCGGGAUGAGCUGGGCCACGGGUGUGUCAAGUUCGGGGGCGUUUAUUACGACGACGUCGAAACGACCAAGGUCAAGUGCGAGGUGUUCCAGAAUAUCGAAUGCUGGGGACCGCGGGAGUUCAUGCGGGACGGGUUCCCGUGCGUCAAGUACACGGACCAUUAUUUUGUGACGACGCUGCUGUACAGCAUCCUGUUGGGUUUUUUGGGCAUGGACCGGUUCUGUUUAGGGCAGACGGGAACGGCGGUCGGGAAGCUGCUGACGCUGGGCGGGAUCGGCAUCUGGUGGAUUGUGGACAUUGUGUUGCUGCUCACGAACAACCUGCUGCCGGAGGACGGGAGCAAUUGGAACACCAAGGUUUAGGAAAUUUUCAAAAGCCAAACUUACUUAGCAGCAUCCGAUGUGGCUUCUGGAAGACUUUCUUCUGCUAAUAUGUAAAUACAAAAUGCUCUAGUUAUAAAAGUUUAAGAAAUAGCUUGUUUAUGUUAAAACCAAAAUUCACUGAGUUAUGAAUUGAUGAGCAGACUGCGAUUUUAAAUUUAGGAUUAAAUUUAAAUUAAAUGAACAAAAAAACAAAAACAAUGUUUA